AUGCCGAACCGAAAGAACGUGCGUGACCUGAGCAAGCUUUCCGGCAAACCUCUCAAGGAAACUGUGGAGGAUUCUUCCAAAUUCCUGGAACUGGACUCAGAUGGUUGGCUCACAUCUCCCGAUCUCUGCGAGCAUGGACUCCCUUUUUCUGCCGAUGGGUUUUACGAGACGGCCGUCUUUCUGAUGGCCAAUCCAAACAUCACAUCGAGCCAUCUAUUCCGAGCAGAUAUUCUAUUCGACAGUUGCGGUAUUCUCAAAACGCCUCAACAGGAUGAAACCCUUGCUGGGGCAAUUCGUGCGCCUGGGCCGGAAAUUCCAGAGACUCAAGUAGCAGCCAAGGCUGCACCUAGAGUGAGAGAAUUCGAUCUGAUCAGGACCGUCAUUCGAAGAUUGAUUCCUCGAAACCAAAACCUGGACAAGCCGCUCGUACAGACCUGCCAUUUCUACAGGUCUAGGGCAUCACCCCCAGAAAGGAGAGAUGCACCGAAUGGAGAAUGCGAAAGCAAUGUUCAAGGAACACCACAUCAACGUGUGCUGACCGUGUAUCUCCCACAUAUUGAGUCUCAGGACGACAUUCCGUUUUACCACCCGCAGCUUCGAGGACUUGCCACUCUAUAUGACCUCCACGGCUCAUCAGAAGGGUCGGGGUCUGGUACUAUGUCGCUACAUUUCUUACCAUUUUCAUGCGAUAUCCCCCAAAGACUGGAGCGUACAUUACAUAUUCUUCUUAACUUCUACGUUCGGCUUACACGCGGUGGCCAGAGCACAUCCGGUAACGAGGAUACGAACAAACCGAGUUCCUUCAAGGACAAUCUGGUUCCUCGCCACCUGGUCCAGGACACUUAUGCACGACUCAAGACUUUGUAUGCUGCCGACCUUUGUGAAAACUGGGCUGAAAGCACCGAGCCAAGCAAGCACGUUUAUGAGGAUUUAGCUAUCACCGCAUUUCUAAUCGAGCUAUGGAGGAUGAUGUACGGAGUUGUUCCGGCCAAGGAAAAUCCCAAUCAACACAACAAUAUACCCACAUUCCCAGGGUUCGUCGAUAUGGCGUGCGGAAAUGGCGUGCUCGUCUACGUUCUUCUAAUGGAAGGUUACUCGGGCUGGGGUUUCGAUGCCCGCCGACGCAAAUCAUGGAGCAUUUAUCCCGAGUGGGUACAGAAACAGCUUGCGGAGAAGAUUUUCAUACCAAAGCCUUUUGCCGACGCUGUCGGCGUUGAUGAUAUUGGUGUGGAUAUAACCACAGGUGGUUUUCCACGCGAUACCUUCAUCAUAUCAAACCACGCCGAUGAACUCACUGUAUGGACACCGCUUAUAGCUGCUCUUGCUUCUCCCGAAUCGCCUCUGCCAUUUCUUGCCAUACCAUGUUGUUCUCACUCACUCUCUGGAUCUCGGUAUCGCUACCCUCUCCCAAAAGGCAGCAAGCAAAAAGGAACCAAAAAUGCUACGCACAACAAGGAUGAGCAACCAGAACAAAACCCACAGGCCGCGUCGGGUGAUCUCAAAGCAUUGCGAGCAGCCAAACAAGAAGAGAAGACCGAGCACAGUAUGUGGACAUCCAUGUAUGGCCUACUCACGGCCAAAACCAUAGCGGUCGCCGAGGAGGCCGGGUACCAAGUUGAGAAGACUAUGCUACGCAUCCCAAGUACAAGGAAUAUGGGGGUGGUAGGAGGUCGGCAAUUAAUGGCCCAGCAGUGGAGACAGCUAGGAGCCAGUAGUGUACCCACGCCGGCUGAGAGCCGAGCUGCAGAGGCUACGCAGGUCGUUCAGAAGGUUAUGCAUGUUGUCGAGCGAGAAUGUGCAAGGGAAGGGGGUAUCCACCUUGCUGCGCGGAUCUGGAUCGAGCGGACUCGAGGCCUCCAGAAAGAUCACGGGAAAGGAACCAGUCACAUAGAUGAUUCGCAGAUACCCCAAUAG